AUGGCGGACAUCACAACAACAUCACCACCACACUCCCUCCCUCAAUCGCCCUCAUUCCGCGCCCACCGCGCCUCCCACUCCUCUUCAUUGCGCCCAGCUCUCUCACUCGACCUCUCCAAUCUCCCUGCUCUCUCACAGCCAACUCCCCCCUCAAACACCCUCCUAAUAACCGACCUCCACGACCUCUACCUCUUCCAACCGGCCUCCCUCGCCUCCAUCCGCUCCCAGAUCGAGUCCGUCGCCCCCCUAAACUCCUUCUCCCCGCUCCCCUCCAUGCGCCGCAUCGUCUGCUCCUUCCACUCAGAAGACGACGCCCUCCGCGUCCGCAAACUUCUCGACGGCCAGUCCCUCCUCAACCGCCGCAAGGUCCGCACAAAGAUCUACUUCGGCGAACCGACCCCGCUCCUCGACGAGGGCCGCCCCAAACUCCUCGAGGCCCCGCAUCUCGACAAGCUCUUCUUCAUCAGUCCGCCCCCGAGCCCGCCACACGGCUGGGUCAUGCGCACCGAGGAACCCCCCAACAAGGAGGUCCACGCCAGUGAUCUCGCCCAGGCGCUUGCGCAGCUCAAGACGGAACAAUCUGCUCCGGUCUCUGGGCCCGUUGACCCCGGGACGCCCAUGUCGAUGUCCGACGAGAAGCGGACGGGGAGCUGGCCCGUCGCCAUGUCAGCGCAGCGGAGUCGGAGUAGUACGCUGAUCUACAAUCCCGAGGAUCAUGGUGGUAGUCCCGGUUUACCGGCCGUGAUGGUCGAGGAUACGACCGUCGAGGCCGACAAUGAGGAUGUCGAGAUGAUGAGUCCGAUUGACAUGUCGGUUAAAAAGCUGCCGCCGAAGACGGCGCGCCCGCCAGUUGAGUUGAUGCAUUGA